AUGGGGUCAUACGAGAUCGGUCAGAACGUUGGUUUCUUCAUGAUGGACAACGCAAGUAGUAACGACACUUGCAUUCGAGAGCUGGCGAAGCGCUAUCCUGUCAUCAAGCCUCAGAGUCGCCUGCGCUGCGUCGGCCAUAUGCUCAACCUAAUCGUCAAAGCCCUUCUCUUUGGGCAGGGUGUCGGCAAGUUGGAGAAACAGCUUUGCGGCGCGUCUGAAGUGGAGCGUUUUGAAAUCUGGAGAAAGCAUAGCUUCAGGGCGGUCAAGCUCCGUCAUGCGAUUGAUCUGUUCUUCCUCAACUAUUGCUACGGUGGCGUAGGAUUUGCCGAUGACCAUCCCGACGUGGUUUCAACGUAUUAUUCCCACGCAAUCGAUGCUGCUCGCAUCAAGCUAGAAGAGUACUUUGGCCUUACCGAUGCCACCCCAGCUUAUCGGUGCGCUGUCGCAUUGCAUCCGGCGAAUAAGUUUGCUUACUUCGAACUUGAGUGGAGUCACAACAAGCAGUGGAUCAGUGAGGCAAAGAGCGUGGUUCAAGAAGUUUUCGCAGAAUACGAAGACGCAUACAUGGAAGCGGACGCUGCGGACCAUGAGGAGGCUUCGUCGCUGGCCCUAGGAGAAGUCGUCGCUGAUAAGGCUGGCGAUGAUCUCGUCGCCCUUGACCCACUCCAGGAAGCUCGCAAACGCCGACAGAUGCUGGCUGAGCUUGCGGCGUCCGGCAAGGGAAGGAGGAAAAGAGCGAGACUAACUUCUGAGCUCGACGAGUUCAUGGCUAGGAAUAACAAGGCUGAUUCGGAAGUCGAAGAUCCCUUGCAAUGGUGGAUCUGUCAUGCGGCAGACUACCCAGUUCUGUCGCAAAUGGCUUUCGACUUGUUCACUUGUCCAGCAAUGAGUGCUGAAUGUGAGCGGGUUUUCUCAGACCAAAAGGUCAUCACGGAUGAGCGGAAUCGCCUCAGCUCCAACACCGUGGCAGCUAUCGAAUGCCAAAAGCACCUACUUCGAUCUGGCAUGCUAUCGUAG